AUGGGUUUAGUUAAGCAAGUUAAAUUUGGAAAUACAGGUCUAAAAAUCUCACCUAUCAUUGUAGGCUGUAUGUCAUAUGGUUCUAAGGAGUGGUGGCCGUGGGUGCUGGAUGAUAAAGAAGAGAUAUUUGGGAUAUUGAAGUACUGUUAUGACCACGGUAUUCGCACAUUCGAUACUGCUGAUGUCUACAGUAAUGGUAAAAGUGAACGUUUGUUGGGGGAGUUUUUGAGGCACUACAAUAUCAACAGAGAAACUGUUGUUAUUCUUUCUAAGGUUUUUUUUGCCGUGGACGAGUCCAUAGAUCUUCCUCAAAAAACGAUAGCCCAUAAAGAUGAUAAACUAGCCAUGAUUCUAGCUAACGAAGGCGGGUUAUCGCGCAAGCACAUAAUGGAUGGGGUGGCUAAGUCUGUCGAAAGAUUAGGAACCUAUAUAGAUGUGCUCCAGAUUCACAGAAUGGAUUACAAUACGCCAAUGGAGGAAACAAUGAAAGCCUUGAAUGAUGUUAUCGAGAGAGGUGAUGUCAGAUACAUUGGAGCUUCCACUAUGAAGGCCACUGAGUUUGCAGAAAUGCAAUUCAUCGCUGAAAAGAACAAUUGGUUCAAGUUUGCAAGUUGGCAAUCCAGGUACAAUCUGGUAUAUAGAGAGGACGAAAGAGAGGUCAUUCCAUUUGCAAAGAGACACGAUAUUGCCUUGAUUCCCUGGUCCCCUAACAACAGAGGAGUUUUGACCAGACCGUGGGGACAAACAACGGCGAGAACUGGCGCCGACCCACGUUUGCUGGAGGCUUCAGAAGUGGACAAAGAAAUCAUUAAACGUAUCGAAAAAGUUGCCAAAGAUAAAGGUCUGAGUAUGGCACAGGUCUCAUGCGCAUGGGUCUUGAGUAAAGGUUGCUAUCCUAUUAUCGGCAUGAGUUCUAUUGAACGUGCUAAGGAGGCGAUUGAAACAGUUGAAGUGACUCUAACAGUAGAAGAAUGCAAGUAUCUGGAAGAGUGUUACCAGCCUAAACCUGUACAAUAA